AUAAACAUAUAUAUUACCGCCCUCUUACUCACUUUUUUCUUUUCUCUCUCUCUCACUUACACCUCGUAGAUACCUUUUUUAUUUUUAUUAUUAUUUUGGCAAUGUCAGUUCGCUCCGGUGCUGCGACUCGCCUGCCCUCAAAUACAACAACGACGACGACGACAACAACAGCUGGAAAGAGAAGCAAAGCACCUCCGUUCUGGGCAGGCGGAGCAGCGUCGUGUGUGGCAACUUUAGUUUCGCACCCUUUCGAUCUCACCAAAGUACGAUUACAAACGAUCCGGAAACAACAACAACAGUUACAACAACAACCACUACAACAGUACAGACGUCGAUUCCAACCUAGCAGAAUGUUCAAAAUCAUGUGGAGUAUUUCUCGUACCGAAGGUGUCCGUGCGCUCUAUAACGGCUUAUCAGCCAGUUUAUUGCGACAAGGCACUUAUUCCACCAUCCGAUUCGGUCUUUAUGAUAAAUUCAAGUGGAUUGUGGCUGGUGAUGACAAACCUACGUUUGGACAACUUUUGUUUUGUUCCACAGCAGCUGGGAUUCUAGGAGGCGCGUUUGGCAAUCCUUCGGACGUUGUUAAUGUGCGCAUGCAAAACGAUGGACAGCUUCCUCCAGGCCAACGAAGGAAUUACAAGAAUGCUAUCGAUGGGAUUGUACGGAUAUGCCGUGAUGAAGGCCCUCGUGUGUUGUUCCGUGGACUAGGUUCUAGCACCAACCGAGCAGUCUUGAUGACAAUAUCCCAAAUGACGAGCUACGAUGUGUUCAAGGACAUGUUUGUCGGUGGGCUUAAAUGGUAUGAUGGUUUGACCACCCAUUUUGCGGCGAGUCUUUCAGCAGCAUUAGUGGCCACAACGGUAUGUUCACCCCUGGAUGUGGUGAAAACCCGUAUCAUGAGCGCACACUUGAUGGUGGAUGGCAAACAUCACAAGCAUCCAAUCAAAAUCAUGAUUCACAUGGUCAAGACGGAAGGUUUCGGCUCGCUUUUCAAAGGAUGGAUGCCAGCCUUUGUCCGGCUUGGUCCGCAUACAAUUGUGACAUUCCUUGUGAUGGAACAGCUCAAAGACUGGUAUGUCCAAUGGUCCGAAAAAGGAUCGGAAGAUACUGUUACGACUCCUCCUACUACCUCGACCACCACUGCUACUACUACCACACUUGUUUAAACUAGAUGUACAUAUUAUUUUCCAUUCAUUCUUUUGACCGUUAUUGCUGCUUUCUUUACCUUUACCACUACUACUACUACUACUACUACUAC